GCCACUUUUAAUACAAUCUUGCAACGUCCUUUCCAGCUUAUUUGGUGAAAAUAACAAGGAAAGCAGCCGAGACCCAAAACUUUAUGAAAUAUAGGAGCCCGUUGUAUUCAGUGGCUUCUCGCGAAAUGGUUCUCUGUUUCCGGGAUACUCUCACGGAGUUCAAUUCAUGGGCGGGAAAAGGAAACAACGGGUGUGAUAUCUUUCACUUUCACAAUUGCCCCAAACUGGAACUGCUGCUGGGUCGAACAUUUUUCUUCCCCGCUGCCCAAUAUUAGCUGAGGGAUCAUGGCAGACAAAAAGUUGAAAGAAGUGCGCCCUGAGUUUAUAGAACGUAGUAACCCAGCUGUCAUCAGCCAACUCUUGGAUGAUCUGCUCCAUCGGGGAGUCUUGAGUGAUGAAGAGCUGGAAGAAGUAAAUGUGAAAAAUAAGAGGCAGGAGCAAGCAAGAACGUUGAUCGAUAACGUGAGGAGAAAGGGGCCUGAAGCUAGCUGCUUCUUUAUUGACUUCCUCCGGGCCCGAGAUCCUUACUUAGCUGAACAACUGGAUCUCCAAAAUGUUCCUGCUGUUGGCCAGCCAAUAGAAGGUAACAUCUCAAAGGAAAAAGUCCAGUUUCUGAAAUCUAAAAAUGGGAUCAGGCUUUGUCCUCAGAAUGAUUUUCAGCAAAUACAGACUACUGAAGGCACCGAGAUCUACCCUAUCAAUGAUCCUAAGACUCGUACUCGCCUGGCCUUGAUAAUCUGCAAUAUCAAAUUUGAGUACUCGAAUGAUAGAUUGGGAGCUGAGGUAGACUUGGAACAGUUGACGCUUCUCCUACAAGAUCUGGGAUACAAAGUGGAAACAGAGACCAAUUUAAGCUCAGAGGGUAUAACCACUUGCUUGAAGAAAUUUGCAGCUCGGGAAGAGCACAAGACCUCAGAUGGAAUGUUUGUGGUGCUGAUGUCUCAUGGGUAUCAGGACAGCCUUUGUGGAGUCCAUUCAAAAGACAAACAGUCUGACAUCUUCUCCAUCAAAACUGUCUUCUCCACCUUCAACAACAUAAAUUGCCCAGCUUUGAGGGGAAAGCCCAAGGUGGUCAUUAUUCAAGCUUGUCGUGGUGAGCAAAAUGGGUAUAUGAUAGAAAACACAGAAGACUCAGCUGCCUCUGCUGCUGCCUCUCUCCAGUCUGAUUCACACACCGUGCAAUUCCAAACUGAUGCUGUUCGGAGAGUACAUGUGGAGAGUGACUUCAUCUGCCUAUAUUCCACCACCCCUGAUCAUGUAUCCUGGAGACACCCUGAAACUGGAUCACUCUUCAUCAACCAGUUAAUAGAAAAUAUCAAGAAUCAUGCCUGGAAUUGCAAUUUGGAAGAGGUCUUCCGGAAGAUAUUACAGGUGCAGCAGCACUUUGCAAACAACCCAUGUCAGAUGCCCUCAAGGGACAGAAACACCUUGACCAAAAAGUUCUACCUCUUCCCGGGACAUUGAAGCUAGGUGAAGGAAAAACUACUGGGUCCAUAAGCAGACAAUUUUCAGAUAUAUGGAAGAAACAUGGAUUGACCACACUUUGUCCUUUCUCCACCUUAUUCCUUAUUGUAAAUUUCCAUCAACCCAUUUUUGGAAUUUUAUGUGUUUUGUGUCUCAAUCUUAUACAGUGUGAUUA